AUAAAAACUCGUGGAACAUUCAAUAUGCAUUCAGUUCUCAUUGAACAUUCAUACAGAUCUUGCUUGAUCUCGACUUCUCUACAACUUCAAAAAAGAAACAUGAAGACCCUCGCUGUAAUCUUCAUCUUCUGCCUCGUCGGUGUUUUGGCAUUCACGGAAGAACAAAAGGCCAAACUGUUAGCGCACAAGACAGCUUGUAUCGCAGAAACUGGUAUCGACCAACAGUUGAUAGAAAAUGCGAAGAAGGGCAUUGUUGCUGACGACGACAAAUUGUCUUGUUUCUCUUUCUGUAUGCUGAAGAAGAUCGGAGCUAUGACCGACGAUGGAACCAUCAACGUAGAACUUGUCAGACAAAAACUGUCACAUGGUGGAAUUGCUGUGGAAAAGAUUGAUAACAUACUCAACAACUGUGUAGAUAUAGUUGGUUCCACCCCAUGCAAAAAGGCUGGUAACAUAAUAAAGUAUUUGACGAACAAUGGCCUCAAUUUACUUAAUUGAAAAAAAUUGUGCAAAGGAAAUGAUUUGAUUUGUGAUUUAAUGUAUUUCGUAUUUUUUUAAAUUAAUAAACUAAUAUUUCAUCAA